AUGGUGGGUUUCUACAAGUCUGUACUUGUUGGAUUAGGGUUGUUGUCGGUGGCCAGCUCUUCCUUGAUCGACUUGGACUUGGACUUGGAUCUGGAUCUGGAUCUGGAUCUGGAUCUGGGAUUGUCUCUUGGAAAUGACCAGUGCUCAAAUCCGACUGAGCGCAAAGAAUGGGGAGAAUUGACGCCCGCUCAACGGAUCGAGUAUACCGACGCGGUCCUUUGUUUGCAGAAGAAGCCCCAGCAUAUCCCACGAGAAGAAUACCCGGGAGUGCGCAAUCGAUUCGACGAUUUUGUGGCCACCCACGUCAACUACACCUUGAACGUCCAUUAUAGUGGUCUCUUCCUCCCGUGGCACCGUCACUUCCUAGCACUCUGGGAGACCGCCCUACAAGAGGAAUGCGGUUACUCAGGAUCUGUCCCAUACUGGGACUGGCCGAAAUGGGAGCGCGACCUCGCAGGAAGCCCGCUGUUCGACUGCAGUGCGAGCUCACUCUCCGGCGACGGCGAGUACGACCCCAGUGAGCAAGGCCUCCAAGGCCCGGGCGUUUACAUUCCCCGAGGUAGCGGCGGUGGUUGCGUUCGCUGCGGACCGUUCAAAGACAUGCAAAUCCACAUGGGCCCCUUCCCCCGCAACCUGCCAGAUACGACAAAGAUACCCGCUCCAGCCUUUGAUUACAACCCGAGGUGCUUCAAUCGCAGUUUGAACAAUUUCGUCGGCACCCACUACAACAAUGUCACCAUUGUCGAUCGGCUCCUCGCAUCGACCGACAUCAAUGACUUCCUCACCGUCAUGGACCACUGGCCUGCGAAGCCAAAUGGAGUGCUCGGCGUCCACGGCGGUGGUCACUUCAGUCUGGGUUCGACCCUACAGGAUCUCUUCACGUCUCCCCAAGAUCCGGCCUUCAUGCUGCACCAUGCGAUGAUUGAUCGGCUAUGGGGCAUUUGGCAAAGCAAGGACGUGAAGAACCGAAACGCGCUCAAUGGAACGGAUAAAAUUCUUAACCCGCCGACCGCGAAGAUCGUGACGCUCGAUACAGACAUGGAGUUCGGAGUUCUCGGUCGGCCUCGAUCGGUCGGCCGAUCCAUGAACCCAACGCAAAAUGGGUACUGUUACUCGUACACUUGA